AUGGACUGUAACUGUGUCAGUGAUUUGCUCCUCACUCCUCCCGUGCCGGCUCUCUGGACCCCAGGUAUAGCCUUCCCAGACUGGGCGUACAAGCCUGAGUCGAGCCCGGGCUCCCGGCAGAUCCAGCUGUGGCACUUCAUCCUGGAGCUGCUGCAGAAGGAAGAGUAUCAGAACGUGAUCGCCUGGCAGGGGGACUACGGGGAGUUCGUCAUCAAGGACCCGGACGAGGUGGCGCGGCUCUGGGGCUUAAGGAAGUGCAAACCUCACAUGAACUACGACAAGCUCAGCCGUGCGCUCAGGUAUUACUACAACAAGAGGAUCUUGCACAAGACCAAAGGGAAGCGCUUCACCUACAAAUUCAACUUCAGUAAAGUGGUGCUGGUGAACUACCCGCUUCUCGAGAUGGCCAACUCCCCCUUUCUCUUGGCCCAGAACCACUUCAACUCGCCCGGCCAGGACUGCGCGCCUGUCACGCCGGAGUCUCUCCAGUCUCUCUUCCCCCGGCUCCCGGAAUCGAGCAGCAGGGAACUCCGCAACACCCUGUUCGAGCGAACUCUCCCGGGAUCAGACGCCGACAAACUGCGGCUGGACUCGGCGUUCCCGUUCCUGGGAUCAGCUGGGCCCUGCUACUCCAAACCUCCUGGCCUCGUCUCCCCUUACGGACGCACCCCGCCUUUCUCCGAGUACCCCUGGAACUUUAACCCCUACCUUCCCGCCGCCUUCUCCCUCAACAACCCCAAACUACCCCCCGGCUCCCUCUACCCCCCUCACUUCUACCCCAGCCCCCUCCACAGCUCUCUCUCCCAGCUACCCAGCCCCUUCUCCUCUCUCCUCCCCAGCUCAGACAGCUUGGAGAGAGCAGGGGCAGGGGGAGGAGGAGGAGGGACCCAGGGCAGUGUUGGGGUAGGUGGGCUAGCCAGGCUGUGUUUGCCUUCCUACCCAGCGGGGCUAGUCCUGGGCCGAGGGGCCGAGACGGGGGAGCGGGAGGCUCCUGUGGCCCCUGGGGGACGAGUAGAGAGCCCAGGAGCCCGGGGAGUGAAGGAGGCCCCCGGCUCAGAUUCCGAUCUGGAGAUUACAGAUCUUAGCGAGUGCAGCUCGGAGGGGGAGGCUUGUGAUUUCAGGGUGGAACCCAGGCUGACCCUCCCCAGCGCUGGCCGCGCCCCCCAGGGAAAGGGAGGGGUGUCUCCGGCCCUCAUGCAAGCGCACAAACUGCCAGGACCCGUCACUGACCACCCAACGUCGGCCAAGCUGAGCGCGGACCCCCUGGCUGUUACCAUUGCCAGCAGAGAGCCGACUGCCACCAGGACUUAG